AUGUGUGCUGACGGGAGUUCGACUGCAAAAUACGAAACAAUUUUAUUAAUCCUUAAUAUUGUCACUCUCACUGACCAAUUAGAAAUAAUUAAGGAAAUUCUAUCUAUCUAUCUAUCUAUCUAUCUAUCUAUCUAUCUAUCUAUCUAUCUAUCUAUCUAUCUAUCUAUCUAUCUAUCUAUUAUAUUUAUCAAAAGCAUCCCAAAAAAGAAGAAAGAUCGAUCAAUCCUUCGAUUCUCUGAUUGUGGGAAAGACCCUCAGCGUCCAAUCAGAAUUCGCUACGUGAGAAUCAGUCCAAUGCCCGUCGUCAUUCCGGGGACUUUGUAUUUAAGCAUGGGCGGUUCGUUGACCCACGACCUCCCACGUCGCCUGACCAUCGACCUUAGUCCGCGUGGGAUCAUGGUAAGUCAUUCUCUCUCUCCUCUUUCUUUCUUAAUUUUUUUUUCUUUCAUUUCAUCUUGUAAUUCCUUUUCUUAA